CGCCAUAUUUGUUGAUGGAACAGCAACAUGUCACAGUGCAGAACUCUCCUGGCUUCCAAAUUAAUUUCUUCACGACUCCUCUGGAGCUUAAGACCCUUGUGUAGCAGCUCUUCCUCUCCCAGCUGUGGUUCGCAUGGUUGUCAGACAUAUGACGAUGUCAAGGAAUACUAUGGAAAGUACUUGAAGAGUUCGAAGGAUUUGAAAACCAACGCUUGUGUAACCCCAGCAAAGCCAUUACCAAAAUUUGUGAGGGACGCACUGAAUGACGUUCACGAUGACGUCUCCUCGCGGUAUUAUGGCUGUGGCCUGGUGUUACCAGAAUGUUUGGAGAACUGUAGCAUUCUGGACCUGGGUAGUGGAAGUGGGAGGGACUGCUACAUGCUGAGCAAGCUAGUUGGCGAGAAAGGAAAAGUCACGGGAAUAGACAUGACGGAUGAACAGGUGGAAAUAUCAAGAAAAUACAUUGACUAUCAUACCAAGAAAUUUGGUUACCAGAAGCCAAAUGUGGAAUUUUUCCAGGGAUACAUUGAAAACCUCAAAGCUGCAAACUUGGCAAACAACAGCUACGAUAUAAUCAUAUCAAACUGUGUGAUUAAUCUUUCUCCUGAUAAAAGGGCUGUUCUGGCGGAAGCUUAUAGAGUGUUAAAGGAUGGCGGAGAAAUGUACUUUAGUGAUGUCUAUUCAAACAAAGCAAUUACUGAAGACCUGAAGAAUAACAAAGUACUUUGGGGAGAAUGCAUUAGUGGAGCUUUGGAUUGGAAGGACCUUUUCCAGAUUGCUGAAGAUAUUGGAUUCAGUUCUCCACGUUUAGUGACCUCCAGAUAUAUUACUGUAGAUAAUGAGGAACUAGAGAAUCUUCUUGGUGAUUACAAAUUUGUUUCUGCCACCUUCCGUCUGUUCAAACUACCGAAGAAUAAGGUGAACGAAAAGGGUCUCGUUAUAUACAAUGGAGGUGUCACGGGCUGCAAGGAUGAAAUAGAAUUUGAUGUCAACUUCACAUUCAAGGAAGGAGACGUUGCAGAAGUGGAUGACGAAUUAUUCCUUAUUCUGAAGAAUUCCAGGUUUUCAGAUGAGUUUGUAUUUCAACCUCCAGGGGGAGCCAGUAAUUCUGGGGGAUGUCGCCCUAAGAAGAAAAUUAUUACCGAUCCAUUUCAGUUAGCCGAUGGAGUGAGCAAGGAGACGAAGGCUGCCGGUUCGGGGGGCUGCUGUGGACCGAAGGGCUGUUGCUAGAAUACUUACUUGAUCCAGAAAUCCUUGUUAAAUAAUAAGUAUUAUGACCGCUAAGAAUUAAACAAAUCUUCACUGAAAAGACACAGAAAGAAGCAGAAGUACAGUUAGACAUUUAUUACAUUUUUAAAAUAUUGGCAAAACUGAAGUGAGUUCCAGAGCUGGUAAAUGGGGACUCGGCCAAUAUAUUAAAAAUAAGCCUGCCAGAUGGGUGGCUAAAUACCGUAUGUCGUAGUAGAAUAUCCCCUUUACCUGACAAACUUAUCAAGCCUGUUAUCUAUCCAGGAAAAUCAAGCUGCUGUGUCUACGCUGAUUCGCCAAUUUGUAAUUUUUGGGUUUUGCUUGGAAAUCAUAUUUUAAUCUAUCUACAAGAUGUCUGUAAACCUCUAUAAAUAAAUUAAAAAAAA